GCAUCGGACAAACGGAAAGCAAUCGUAUUGUUUUGGGCGGUUUGCCUGAACUUGACUACAGCUUCAAGGUCAUGCGUUGACUUGGAUGUGACCGGCUGCCGGACAAAUCCGCAACUCUGUCAAGACCCAACAAUCGCAGAGGUCACGUGUCCAGUAAUGUGUAACAGAUGCCCAACUGUUCCGCAAACAACACCAGCUGCCAUGGCAGAUGACUGUAGCGAUGUGUUAAGAUUGGGUCUCUCGCGCGGGUCGGGUGUGUACAGAAACACGCCUUGGAACACGCACAGGAAAGUUGAAGUUUACUGCGAUAUGGAUACCGAGGGUGGGGGUUGGACGGUGUUUCAAAGACGCUGGAAUGGGUCUGUUGACUUCAACAGAAGCUUUGCGGAUUACGAAGGAGGAUUUGGCUCAUUGUCUGGUGAAUUUUGGAUGGGUCUGGGCCUUCUUCACACUAUGACAAGCCGGGCUAACAUGACGUUACGAGUGGACGUAAGUUUGCGGGACGGAACUACUGGGUUCGAUGAGUACUCGGGUUUCUCUAUUUCCCAACCACAACGUUACAACUUUAACGUUGAUAGGAGGAUCAACUCAAGAGGAAUGUCUGGUUCCUACCUUCUGUCCGAAACUGCUACUCGGUAUAGUACCAACCACCAACCGUUCACAACGUACGACAAGGACCAGGACAACUGGCAAAUUUUUAACUGUGCAAAAGCAUUUGGAGGAGGCUGGUGGUUCAAUAAAUGUGUAGGCAAUAACCUGAACGGACCGUACACCAACAAUUCUGUUGAAUUUUUCUAUAAAUCUUUUAAAGUCGAAGGACUAAAGACGUCUUCAAUGAUGUUCAGAUCGAGUAACUAA